UCACAAAAAGAAGUUUACGAGAACCUAUUUCAGUAAAUGAACGAGUAGCUGUUACUCUCUUAUUCCUUGCUCAUGGUGACAGUGCCAAGUCAAAAGCAUGGGAUUUCCGAAUUGGCAAAUCAACUAUAUAUAAAAUUAUAUAUGAAACUUGCGAUGCAAUUUGGCAAGCUCUUCAUGAGCAAUAUUUACCCAAACCUUCGAAAGAGAUAUGGGAAAUGAUAAUUGAUGGAUUUUGGAACAAGUGGAAUUUUCCUAAUUGUAUAGGCGCACUAGACGGGAAACACAUCACUAUUCAAGCUCCACCGAACAGUCAUUCUUUAAAUUAUAACUACAAAGGAUUUUUUAGCUUUAUAUUGAUGGCAAUUUGUGAUGCCAAUUAUAAAUUUAUCUGGGUUGAUGUCGGUGACUAUGGUUCUAAUAGCGAUGGUGGAGUAUGGGCGAACAGUAAUCUUGGUCGAAGUUUGGAAUCUGGUACAGUAGACAUCCCAGCUCCAAAAUUAUUGCCUGGUACAACAACUUUGCUGCCCUGUACUUUAGUGGGAGACGAAGCGUUCCCUCUCAAAACGUACCUCAUGAGACCAUAUCCAAGAAAAUCGCUCACCAGUGAUUCACAGCGAAUUUUUAAUUAUCGCUUGUCCAGAGCAAGACGAACAAUUGAAAAUGCUUUCGGGAUUCUUACUUCUAGAUGGAGAAUUUUAAGAAGAUCAAUUCAAUGCAAGGAAGAAACUGCUCAUAAAAUUGUGCUUGCUCUUGUUGUUUUGCACAACUACAUUAUGUCCUUUAAUGAACGCAAAUAUUGUCCGCUACAUUUUGUGGAUCAGGAAGUUAAUGGUAUAAUUACUCCAGGGCAAUGGCGCAAUGAAGAAUUAGGAUCACAUAUUGUACGUAUUAGUCAAGUUGGCUCAAACCGAACUGCUUACACUGCAAGUGUUCAACGAGACAUACUGAGAAAAUAUUUUAUGACAAACAUUGGGGCAGUUGACUGGCAAUUUGACUGUGCAUUGAGGGGUUACAACAUUAAUAUCUCUUCAUAGCAAUGCAAUAUGUAUAAACAUGUAUGUGAGUUAGCAAGGAAGUUUAGAAAUAAAAUACUAA